CCAGCAAAGUGCAAACGAGUCAUGGACGACGAGGGCUCAUCUAGCUGGUGCUCUUCAUGCACGGUUAAAGUACCUGAAAGACAAUCUGGAGUUACAUCACUUUCAUAUUCGCAGAUACAAUUUCCAGAGAAUUUAUCAUUUGAAACCUUGCGCGAACAUUUAGUUUCAAGAAACGUAUUAGGAGCUGAUGAAAAAGUAGAAAAAGAAGCAUUGAUAUCAUUGUUUCGAAAACACAUCUUGCCUUUGCCAAAGAGAGAAGGAAACAAUGAAGUAAAGCGUUUAAAUGCUGGUGUAAGAGCUGUCAAUAUCACUAAAAAUAAGACAGAAAGAAAGAAAAGAAAGAUGAUUGAAAGUGAUGUUGAAUCCAUUGAAAGUGCUCCAAACCAGGAUGAUGCAAGAGUUGGUGGAACAAGUCAUAAUGAUCUUACUGUCCGAAUUCCUGACCAUAGAAAUGAAAGUAGUAAACCAGUGAAAUUAAAACGAAAAAAUUAUGACAAGAUACAGAAACAAAACCAAGAAAAAAAUGCAAGAUUAGAUGAAAAGGAACCUGUAAUCCCACAUGCAAUGUCAGAGAUUUCUCCUGAUUCAUCUCAACAACCUGCUGCUGCAAUUCUUGCUCAAGAAAGUUUGAAACCUAAUGAGGAAAAACUGAAAAAUAGAGUUUCACCUCCAAAAAUUUCCUAUGCAGCUGAAACAAGUUCGGGAAAAAAGGUCACAAAACACUUUCAUGAAAGUAAGAGAAAAGUAAGACUGCCCAGUGUACGGGCGGAGUAUUCAGAAACUUGUGCAGUAGAAGUGGAUGAAUCGAUAGGAGAAGUGAAACAGCAAGUGCAUGUUAUUGAUGAAAAAGACAAAAGUCAACCUCAGAAGUCAGUGGAAAAAGAGAUAGAAGUCAUAGAGGUUGAUAAAGGUUGCGAGAUAAAUAGCAACGACAAUAUAUCUGAGUAUGCAUCAGCAGAAACAUUACAAAUUAGUUUUAGAAGUGGGAGUAUGAGAUCAACUGUAUUAGUGGCAAAGGCUGCUGAAGAAAAACCACAAAAUAAUCCUGCCGAGGAGAAGAUGCAACAAAAGGAGCAACUUUCUUCAAGGGAUAAACAUGACUUGUCAUCGUCCAGAAUCAGUGGUGGCAGAAGCAAUCCCCAAAGUAGUAAAAAAGAACAGGGUGAUAGAGAAAGAAAAACUAGCAAUCGUGGUAGAAACUCACCUAGCAGUUCCAGAAGAGCCUCUGAAUCAAAUUCCAGAAGUACACAUGAAAGGCUUGAUGUUCGUAAAGAUACCAGAAAAAGUAGAAGAACGCCACCACAUCCCAAUCUUCGGAGAAGUAGAUCUCCUGCUGCAAGAUUUACUCGAGGUUCUGAGAGAAGGCCAUGGCGUGGAGAAAGGCAGAUUAACCGAGGUGGCCGUUCCACAUUUGACAGGUCGUUUAGAAGACGCACAGUUGAAUAUAAUAACCGUAACGCAAGAAACAGGUCUAGAUCUAGAGAGAGAUUAAAUGAAAAAGCCAAGAGAAGAAGUAGCUCGAGAGAAUUGAGAAGAAGAAGUAGUGAUGAUAAAGGUCAUGAGAAAACCAAAAGAAGUCAUGAUGACGAAUCUGAACUCUCUAAAAAAGAAAGGGAUAAAAUGAAGAAAGAAUUGAAGGAAGUUGAGAUGAUGAUCGAAAUAAAAUCAAAGAAAAAGAACAAGGAAAAGAAUAGAGAGAAUGAGUGUGUUGAAGUAAGUGGUGAAGCAGGCAAAGUGGACAAAGUAGAUAUCGAAACUUCGACUAUCAAUGUUGCUAUACAUUCAUAUGACAACACUCCUGAACCAGCUCCAGAAAGGUAUCUUCAAUCAAUAGAUGAGCGAAAAAUUGGAGAAGUUAAAGAUAGGAAAAGCUCACAUAGUGAGCCUAAAACAGAAGAAGCUGCAUCACCCGAAGAAAAGGUUGAUACAGAAGCAACAGUAAAAGGUAAAGUGAAUGAUACCAAUGUGGUGGUGGUAACUACAGAGAAUUUUCAAACAAGUAUUAAACCUGUUGCAAAUAAAGAAGAUAAUACGGAAAUAAUGGUACAAGAGUCAUCAAACGGUGCUUCAGAAAACAAAAGUGAAGAUAGUUCCACAAAAAACAAGAAGCAUAAACAGAAGAAGGAUAAGCAAAGUGAUGACAGUGGUGGUACUUCUGAGAACACUCAGAAGAGCGGGGUAGGUAAAGAUGGUGCAUCAACUGUGAGCAAGGAAGAAGUGUCAAGUGACAGUGGCAGCGGCAAAUCUUCUAGUGAAGGUGACUCUCAAUCAGACGAUAGUGAUCACUCAAGUGAUAAGGAUUCUGAUUCAACAGACAAUUCUGAGCAAGGAAGGUCCAAGAAGAAGAAAAAAUCUAAAAAAAGAAAGAAGAAAAACAAAAGUGAUUUAGAGAGUGAUUUAUCUGAUUCAGAUGACAGUGAAGAUAGUUUAAAAAAACGAAAGAAAAGGAAGAAAAAGAGAAAAAAGAAGAAAAAGAAGCGUCGAAAAAAGAAGAAGGAUUUAACGACGACCUUAAUGGAUCAAGAGCAGUUGAAGGCUUGGUUGGAGAAAGAAAAAGAGAAAAUGCGAGAAGAUAUAAUGCGCGAACUGCAGCAGCAACAACAACAACUGCAGCAAAAGGUGUCGAAACCUCCAGGUGAGAUGUCGAAAAGCGAAAUUGCUAAAACAACAGAAAAAAAUGAAGUUCAAAAAGCGACUGGGAGCAAAAAGAAAACCAAAGUCGAAGAGGUUCAAGCAGAGUGUCUAGAUGCUGAAGUUUGCGAAAGCACUGAUGAGGAAAUGUUAUUGAUGCAUGGAUUUCCAACUGGGAUACCACUAAGCAAGGAUAAGGAAGAACUAAUGGAAGUAAAUGAGCCUGAUGGGGAAAAGGUUAAGAAAGACGAGGAGGAAAUUUUUGAUUUGUUUAAGUCAGAUGAAGACUUGGAUUAUGACUUAAAAGAAGAAGGUAAUUGGAAACGAAAAGCGAAGGACGAAGAUGGAGCGAAAUCAGAUUCGAAAAUGAAGAAGUCUAAAACGUAUGAUGGAAGUAAGGGCCACAGUCAUGGUGAGCGCGAAGACAAACAUAGACACCGAAGAAGAGAUCGCGAUCGCAACCAUCGCACAUCAAGAAGUAAUAGUAACUCUGUAAAUGGUGAUAAAAAAUCUCCACUGAUAUCAACGCAUCAGAGAAGUGCGAAGAAAGAAAUUAAAACAGAAAGUAAUUCAAGUAGCUAUCGAAAUGAAACUCGCAAAGAACAGGUAGAGGAAGAUAAAAGCAGGGAGGAAAAGAAUGUCAGUAGGAAUCGGCAAGAAAGGAGAAGUGAACGUAGAGGUGAUCAACAUCAACAUCAAAAGCCAGACAUCCCAGUUAAGCAGGAACGUCAGGAAAUAAAAACACCUGUUUUGAAAGAGAGUAAAGGUAAGGAAGGUCACUCGGAUUCUGGAAGGUACGAAAAAAGCAGAUGUCCUUCUAUUCCAAAUGUGCAGAUACCUGUUCAGCUGGAAAAGCAACCUCCAAGCCAUGCAAGUGCAACAACACCAGUAGACGGUAUGGCAAUUGCAAACAAGGUAAGAGAUGAUGUAUUUAAAUCAAAUGAUUUUUGGAAAGGUACUACUGGGCAACAAAAGAGGACCCCUAACCCACACGUGAACGUAUUUUCGAAAAACGACUCGACUUUGGAACGAGAAGAUGAUCCACACAAGCAAGACAAUGCAUCGAACAGGAUCACUGGCCACUGGGUAACACCAUCAUUGUCCAACAUUCAAUCUCGACUAAAAAGUAUUGCGAAUCUUGAAGAUUUGGGCAAAGCGAAAACACCUUGCAUCUCAAGACUGGACUCUUCCUCUGAAAAGAACAAAUUCGUUGGUGGUAGAGGUGUUACUGAUGACGGUUUUGAUACUGGGAGGUACCAUAAAUCUACAAAUAGUACCAGAGACAACGAAUCUGAUAAACGCAAUAAAGAGAUUGCUGCUAAACUUGAGAAAUCUUCACAACACCCGCGAAGUGAAUAUAGACAGAGCAGUCGUAAUUCUGUUACCGACCGACAUUCAAAUGGACGUGACGCAAGUGACGCCAAACAACGACGUGAUUCCAUCGGCAGGCGACGUACGUCAACUGAAAAAAGACCUGAUUCUAUCGAAAGGCGUCGCGAAUCUUCUGACAGACUUCGUCGUGAGGAUGAACGUUUUCGAAAAGACAACAAGUCGAAAGAAGCAGUGCGAUCAACGAGUACGAGAGCUCGCAACAGUACGAAUGAUAACAGGGACACUUUAGACAGUCGUUCUUAUCGCAGAAGUGAAAAAACUUCAUCGUCAACGUAUCGAUAUGGCAAUUCGUCAGGUGAUCGACGUCACGCUAGUGAUGCCGAUCUAGGAAAAUCGAUUAAUGAUAGCAAAAAAACAGACUUGCGCGAUAUUGUAACCAAAAGCAAUCAUGACAAGGUCUUUCAACCAGCAGUACAAAGUAUGCAAGGUGAAUCAAGUGAUUCCGAUAACAGAAACGAAAAUUCUUCGACGAGCGCCGUUACGAACUUUACGAGACCUGAAAAAAAUUAUCGUGGCUCUAAAAGAAGGUAGCUUUUAACUGUUUUUAUUGUUAGUGUUUCGACUUUUUACACGACGAAGCGUAUAUUUUUAAAGUGGAACAAAUAAAAAUGUUUUUGCGCCUAUCCCAGCAUCUGGAAUUCUCAUUUUCUCUAACUUGUUUUGAAUUUAAUAUUUUGAAAAAACGUAGUCUAUAAGUAAGACCAAACUUACCCUGCUAACAUAAAUUUUAAUACGAGGAAUAAAGCAUUCUUUUUAUCAAUAAGUUCAUUACCAGACAUACCUUAUUAACUUUUAUUACGUCUGUCCCUUCUUGCGUUCCUUUUUUAAAUGUUCCCGGUCAAUGUCUCAUAGGUAACCUUUAACGGCCGCCCUUUUAUCUUGCUAAAAUUGCUAGCGUAUGAGCAAACAAUAUCUAACACACUACUUUGUACAUAGCACUUUUGUUACGAUUUUAAUAUUUCACGUUCGGCUCUUAAUAUCACGGCACUCAAAUGUGUUUCACUUAUCGAAAUGUGCCUCGAUAUUUCAAACUCUAUAUUAACCAGACGAAUUUUAUCUGGCUUGGUAGUGAAGGAGUCGUGAUAUCAAAAGUCAAUUGCACUUUAUAUUUUUUAAUAUAACGUGAUCUUAUUUGAUAUUUCUCUUUCCUGCUGAUACAUCUUCCAACCUUUCCUUUUGUUAAUAAUCCCUUUAUAGUUUUUGUGUAUCCAUGCUAUUGGUUGUUUUCCAGCAAUCCAUCCAGCAAUUUUCCAAAAAUGACAGAAACAAAUCUGGUUUCUUGCAAUUAGAUGUUCAUUUUUUUCUCACGCAACUGUUGAUAUAAUGUAGAUUAUCUCUUGAUAUUAAAUGCUUAUAUAAUAUAAACAUACGAUGUAAUGCUUUUUUGUAUUUACUUUAAGAAACAUCCGUUAAGCUUGACAUUUAUCCUCAAAAUAGUUGUUUUCGCUUGCUAUAUGUUCACGAGGCAUAUGCAGUAACCAAUGUCCAAAUGUUAAUAAAUGAUGUCAGUUGAUCGGUUGUUAGUUAAAGUGAAAAUAUGUCAUAUUGGAAGUUAAAACUGUAUUUGGCGGUUUUUUAUGAUGUAAAUACAUAAGUAUGUUCGCAUUCAAAGACUAGAAUUA